AUCCCUAUCUAAUACCAUAUGAUUUAUUUCAACCCAAAAUAAGAAAAAUAAAACAAGAAAUAAUAAUGAAUUUCACAAGGUUUUUACUAAAUAAAAAUGGGCCUUUAACGGUUAAUCGUCCGCUAACAUUAUGUCGUUAUAACCAUUUGCUCAGUCGCAGUUCGAGAAGGAAUAUUAAUUUAGAAUCUAAAUGGAGGAGAAGUUGGCAAACUCGUUGUAAUAGUACAGAAGGAAAAAAUGAUAAAAUAGUAGGUUCAUGGCUACUUUGUUGCGGUGGGAUGGUAUAUGUUGCUGUUGCACUUGGCGGGGUAACAAGACUUACAGAGUCAGGCUUAUCAAUGGUGAAUUGGAAAUUGCUCGGUGAAAAAAAACCAAAGACCACAGAGGAAUGGAAAGCUGAGUUCUGGAAUUAUCAGCAGUACCCAGAAUAUAAAUUGAAAAAUAGCUCAAUGACGUUAGAAGAAUUUAAAUUUAUUUAUAUGAUGGAAUAUAUUCACAGGAUGUGGGGCCGUGGAAUUGGAGCUGUAUUUUUAAUUCCAGCAGUUUACUUUUGGAAAAAAGGCUACUUUUCCAUAUCAACUAAAAAGCGUGUUAUGAUACUUGGGACACUCAUAGGUUUACAAGGACUUAUGGGCUGGUAUAUGGUUAAAUCUGGACUGGAAGAUAAAUUUCAAGACAUUAAUGAUGUUCCCAGAGUAUCACAAUAUCGAUUAGCCUCACAUCUAGCUGCCGCAUUUGUUCUAUACAGUUUGUUUUUGUCAUCAGGAUUGCGGAAAUUACUACCCUCAACUAAUAAUGUCACGUCUUCAAAAAAUCUUAUGCAUUUAAAAAAAAUAGCUCAUCUAUCUAAAGGGUUGGUAUUUCUUACUGCAGUAUCAGGAGCCUUUGUGGCAGGACUUGAUGCCGGUUUAGUGUAUAAUUCUUUUCCUAAAAUGGGGGAUAAGUGGAUUCCAGAUGACAUUUUAUUGUUCCAACCGAUACAGAGAAACUUUACAGAAAACCCCACAACUGUACAAUUUAAUCACAGAAUUUUUGGAAUUUCAACUCUAGUCACUGUUUCCCUCUUAUGGGUGUAUUCGAGAAAAUGUAUUUUGCCUAAACGCAUAUCAUAUGCUAUUAACGCUACCAUGACGAUGGCAUGGUUACAAGCAACUUUGGGUAUCACGACUCUAUUAAAUCACGUCCCCAUAUAUCUUGCUACAGCUCAUCAAUCGGGUUCUUUGUUACUACUUUCAUUUGCUCUUUGGUUAAGUCAAGAAUUGCGUUUAUUAAAGUAUAUUCCCAAAUAGAACCAAAACUAUAUAAAGUAAUAUAAUUGUGAUUAGUAUAUUUAUGCAUGUGCAUUUUAAUAGAAACUAUGGCAUAGUUACAUUGUGAAGCCUUCAUUGCAUAAUAAUUAUAAAUAAUAGUAAUAAAGUUAAAUGUACAUAUGUACAUAUGAAUAACGUAA